AUGCAAGUUAGAGGUUUGUUGUUGUCUCUGGCAACGAUUUUUUGUACAGGAACCGAAAACGCUGAUCUGAGAGAAUCUGUGGCAGUUGGAAUUGACCUUGGAACCACCUAUAGCUGCAUAUCUGUAUAUAGCCCAUCUUUAAAGGAUACAAGGUUUGUUCUCUCUCCCAGUGGAGAGGAAACCUAUCCAUCGGUUGUAUUCUUCAAGAAGCUUCCUGAGGGAGAUGGAAAGAAGUCUAAGUAUGAGGCAGUAGCAGGAUGGGCUGGAUUGCAGAUGUACAACUCCGAAGGAAAUGCAAACACUUAUUUCUAUGCUUUCAAAAGAGGCAUUGGAAUUGAAGAUCUUGCAAACAUCGACAGGAAGGUUGAGGACAUCAAGAGAAAUGCAUCUGUCCCUAUAUUUGUGGAAAAUGUUGGAGGAAAGAAGAGGGUGGCUUACAAGAUCCAGGAGCCCAACCAGAGCGGAUAUGAGUCGGUUACCCCAGAAGAACUUUCUAGCCAUGUCUUGCGCAUGCUGAAGGACCAAAUUUUAAAGGACUAUAAGAUUCAGGGGCUUACCAUUACCUAUCCAGCUUAUUUUGAUCCGAACCAAGUUGCAGCAACCAUCAAAGCAGCAGAAAUGGCAGGACUUCCCACACCCUUAACCUGGAAGGAGCCAUCUGCAGCAGCAUUUGCCCAUACAUAUGAUCUUAUCAGAAAAGGAAUCACCACUAAGGAGGAGGUGGAUGACAUGAAUAUCUGCGUAUUCGAUCUUGGAGGAGGUACAUUUGAUGUUUCCAUUGUUGAAUCAUCAGGAGGAUUCAUGAUGGUGCCGUGCUAUGAAGGAAAUAACUUCCUUGGAGGAGAAAAUGUCAAUGAUAACCUUACAAAACACUUUGCUGCUUACAUCAAGAGCACAACCGGGUUCGAUGUUAUGGAGAACCAGAAUGUUAAGCUUAGAUUGAGAAAUCUUGUCGAGGAAAUGAAAAAGGAUCUUUGUGACCAGGUUCGCAAAUCUCCAGGAAGGAAAGCAAAUCCUUUGAUCACCAAGAAUUUUAUUUAUGAUGGAGAAAAGUCAGUUACCUUGGAACUUACAAAUGAAAAGUUCAACGAGCUGAACGAGGCUUUCUACUCCAAGAUAAAAAGUAUUAUGAACUCCUUACUUUCUGGAGACGGAAAGGACAAUAAGGGAUACGACAAGAAUCUCAUCAAUAGGGUACUACUUGUAGGAGGGUCGACAAGAAUCCCUAAAGUAAUUGACAUUGUUGAAGAGAUUUUUGGAGCAGAUAAAAUUCACUACGAAGGUAUUAAUGCAGAUACAAUAGUUGCAAGAGGUGCAGCCUUAUACACAGCUAAUGAGCUCAACAUGCUUAGUGAGUCCGAGCAGAUUGUAACUGCUGAUAGCGUUCCCCUUUCGCUUGGAAUCUGUACAGAGGAGGAUCAUUUUGAAGCCAUUAUUUCAAAGGGUGCUCUUCUUCCGGCAACAGGAACAAAAGAAUUCACUACGGCCCAAGACAACCAGACAAAAGUUAGGAUCCGCGUGGCUCUUGGGGGCUUAGAAAGCUUCAAAGACAAUGUUCAUAUUGGAGAUAUUGAGUUGGGUCUUCCAGGGAACCAACCCCGGGGUGUCCCAAGAAUUGCUGUUACAUUGGAAAUCAACACACACGGAAAGAUUUAUGUGAAGGCUGUGGAUUUGCAAACCGAUAAAACCGCGGAUGCAUAUUUCAGUUCUGCCGUUGCCAACAUGACCCCAGAGGAGAUCGAGAGGUUUGAAGAAAGAGUCCACAGUGAGGAAAAUCAGGAACUUGUGAAGAAACGAGAAGUAGUUAAAAAGUUGGAAUAUGCUCUGGAACAGGCCGAGAGCCCUAAAUUUGUCGAGGUAAUUCCAGAAAAUAUCAAGAAGGAUGCUCUUGAAUAUGUUCAGAAAACGAGAUUGUGGCUGGAAAAACACAAGGAGAUAGCUCCCCGAAUCCAUAUUGAAGAGAAACUCCAGGAAUUUGACAACGGAAUAAAAGAAUUCCUUAGCUCGGCAAAGUCUGGGGAAGAGAAGGAAAUAGGAAGAGAAGAGCUCUAA